AUGCGCCAAAUCCACUUCGCCUUGCUCCUUGGCUUUGCUGCUUUUGCCACAGCUUUGCCAUCAUCACCCUCUACUACUCAUAAUAACCACCGCUCGACCAAAGAUCCCAAAGUCCUAAUCCUUGGAGGAGGCGUUGCUGGCGUUAUUGCCGCGCGCACAUUGCACCUCAACGGUGUCAACGAAUUCCUGAUCGUCGAAGCACGUGAUGAACUAGGUGGAAGGAUGCAGAAUUAUACUAUCGCCGGCAUCCCUGGAAAGUUGUACACCGUAGAACUCGGUCCUAAUUGGAUCCAGGGAACGCAGACUGACAAUGGGAAAGCUAACCCCAUUCUGACGCUAGCUCGAAAGUACAACGUUACGAACCAGCCAAGUGAUCUUGAUGGCAGUAUCACGACUUACGACUCUGGCGGGUUUAAAGACUAUCGUGACCUCUUGAACACAUCAGUCAAUCAACUUGAUGAAAUCAGAGCUGUUGCAGGGGAACGCGUUAGGACGCAGCAGGUUGACCUCAGCCUUCAAAGCGCGUACGGCAUCACCGGCGCAACUCCAAAGAACAUGUAUGAAGCAGUUUGCCAAUAUUAUGAAGUCGACUGGUCCCCGGACCAGACUUCGUGGAUAGCAUCAACUUGGAACAACAAUUUUACCUUUGACGUCGAUAUGGGCGGCUUCUCGAAUAAAAGUAAUCUCUGCAUUGACCAGCGUGGCUUCAAAACCAUCAUCCAGGCCGAAGCUGCAGAUUUUCUUCACCCUGAGCAAGUCGCCCUGAAUUCCGUUGUCACGACGAUUGCAUACAGCGGGGAUGGAGUGACGGUCACACUGAAAAAUGGUACUACUCUCACCGCGGACUACGUGCUUUGCACGUUUAGUCUUGGAGUACUACAAUAUGGUGAUAUCGCAUUUAAACCUGCUCUUCCUUCGUGGAAGAUUGAGGCCAUUCAGAGCAUGGUCAUGGCCACGUAUACCAAAAUAUUCUUGCAAUUCAAGAAAAAGUUUUGGUUUGAUACCGAGAUGGCCAUAUAUGCAGACAAGGAACGGGGAUGGUAUCCGAUCUGGCAGAGUCUUGACCACAAAGAUUUUUUCCUGGGUGAUUUCUCACUGCGCAUCGAGGGCAUGCAAGAUUCAGAUGUUCAAAAGGAAGUCAUGAAAGUCCUCCGAGCCAUGUACCCCAACAUGACUAUUCCUGAACCUGUCGCAUUCCAUUUCAAACGCUGGCAUGCGGACCCUCUCUUCCGUGGCUCAUACUCCAACUGGCCCCCUUCUUUCUUUCCCAGUCACUCAGACAAUCUGAGGGCUACUGUAGAUAAGAGGCUCUGGUUUGCGGGUGAAGCUACGAGCUUGAAGUAUUACGGUUUCCUUCAAGGUGCAUAUUUCGAGGGGUUAAACGCUGGGGAAGAGAUCGCAAAGUGCGUUAAUGACACUGCAUGCACUGGGCGGAAGCAUUUGAAUAGUGUGCUUGAUGCUUUCCCCUAUCCGUUCUUUAAUAUCACGCCUUAA